AACAGAGCAGCUGAAUUUAUCAUAAAUCAAUAAUCAUCAUUGUUUAUGUUGUAAACAAAGACAGCAAUAAUAAUGAUGAUGAUGAUAAACUCCCCGGGGUCUUUGACGCCCUGGUUGUCCCACGUGGUACCAGAUGCACCUUUUCCACGCCCAGGUCACGUGACGAUGAGCAGCGAGCCAGUACCAGGCUGAGGACAGAAUCCAGCUGACGGUGAACAACAACGCGGCGCAGACUUCCACACACGGUGGGCUGUGGACUUACACACAAACACGUCAGACAAUUCUACAGCUGAUGCUGGGCCCCGGAUUUUCUUAGAUGCUCGUUUAGACUGCUCAUCCUUUAAAAGCAGGGACGCGAUGCGAGCGUAGGUGUUCUCCCCGGAGCUCGCCAUCCAUCCCAAAACCCGGAGCCGCACUAUGGCACCGUCCCUCAUCCGAGCUUGCCGCAGUCUGGCUCUCUCGACGUGGCUCUUGUCGUUUUGCUUCGUUCACCUGCUCUGUUUGGACUUCACGGUCGCAGAGAAGGAGGAGUGGUACACGGCUUUCGUCAACAUCACCUAUCUUGACCCCGCUACCUCCGAGAUCAAGACCGAGAAAACCGAGUGCGGUCGCUAUGGCGAGGACUCGCCCAAGAGAGAAGCCAGAGGUCUGGUCCUGGCCCCGGCCCUGCCGCAGGACAGACAGGCGUGCGACCCGGGCGUCCGGUUCCCCCCCGUCCCGCAGAGCACCGCCUGGGUGGCGCUGGUAGCUGCGGGGAACUGUACAUACCGAGAGAAAAUCCGAAACGUGGCAAAUCACAACGCGUCUGCAGUUGUCAUAUACAACAGCUCCAACGACACCAUCACAAUGCCCCAUUCAGAUACAGGCGAAGUGGUGGCCAUCAUGAUUCCAGAGCCUAAAGGCCGUGAGAUAGUAGUCCUGCUGGAGCAACAAACUCCAGUCUUGUUGCACAUCACAGUAGGAACCCGGAACCUGCAGAAGUAUGUGAGCAGAACAUCUGUAGUGUUUGUCUCCAUCUCCUUUAUCGUCCUCAUGAUCAUCUCCCUCGCCUGGCUCGUCUUCUACUACAUCCAGAGAUUCCGCUACGCUAAUGCACGAGACCGCAACCAGAGGCGUCUGGGGGAUGCUGCCAAAAAGGCCAUGAGUAAGCUCCAAGUUCGCACAAUAAAAAAAGGGGACAAGGAAACUGAACCGGAUUUUGACAACUGUGCAGUUUGCAUUGAAUGCUAUAAACCGAAUGAUGUUGUGAGGAUAUUGCCAUGCAGACAUGUCUUCCAUAAACACUGCGUAGAUCCGUGGCUACAAGAUCACAGAACAUGCCCCAUGUGCAAAAUGAACAUCCUCAAAGCCCUGGGAAUUCCGUUCAACAUAGACUGCUCAAAUGAGGUCCCCCCAGACUAUGAGACAUCUGUUGGAGGUCCAAACGCCAAUCCCAUCAGUGCUGCAAGUGAAAUUACUGUAAAUGAGAGCUUGGUGGUCCUGGAUCCUGCAGGCAGAGCGGUAGAUGUACAGCAGCUGCAUCAGGAUGCAGAGACAGUGCCGCAGGCAGAGCAGAGCCACAUCAUAGCCAGCAGUGAGCAUCCGCCUCCCCUCAGCAGUGAUUCCGACACCUCUGUUAUCCUGAGCGUGGAGGUAGGCAUGUCGGAGUUAGAAGUGUCUACGGAGACUGAUCGUGAUGGGGCCAAGUCAAGAGCCAAUCAGUGCUGAGAUAGGCUGCCUGGAAUGAAAGCCUGGAAGGAGAGAGGAGUUGGCAACCGCAGAGAAGAGUCACGUCGGUAACUAAUUUGAGUAAGUGACCUCGAAGGAGAUGGAAAACUGAGCAAGACAACCAAAAUCAGCACAAAAGCACCAGUUCAGCCAUCCCUGACUAAAAACAGAUUGAUCGCUGCAUCCGUAGCACGUUGCUAGCUCCUCUCCCAGGAGUCAUGGUAACCAGAGCAUCUCUCACCAUGAAGGCCCAGUUUUCUGUCCACACAAUCUUUCACAGCCUUUACCCUGAUGUCUGAGAUGCACAAAAAUGGGCCGCAAAGAAGCCAGGUCCAUCACGGAGAGCUUCAGUAGCAUUGGUCCUGCUGAUGGACACAGGGCCUCUUCAUUGCAUGGGUGCAGCUGCAGUUAGCAUGAAAGAGUAAAUCUUUUUCCUAACUUCUAGGUACAGAAUCCAAAUCACUGCCAACAAAACCAGGGGUUUUACAGAUAUGAUGGUUAAUUACAUAGCACAUACAGUAUGUAUAUCAGCAGGUUCCUUUAAAUCCAACACAGCUGGUGUGAAUUCACACCAUAAUGGCAUCCCCUGAAAACUUGAAAAAAGAGGUUUGGGACUACUACAGCACAAUAUUGGGUUCCACUAUCCAAGCACAUGUAAAUGCUUUAGCUUUCCAUUUAUAUAUCGAUAUGCCUCAGUUUCAAUUUGUGUGAAUUUGAACCUGAAUAUGCUUGUGGUGUCUCCAUCCUUGACAAUCGUAGCCUGUCUUGAGCAGAUUGAAGUGAUGUCACCGUUUUUCCUCUUGAGACUGCUGCUAAUUGCUACAGCACACACUGGCACGACACAUGAAAGGCCCAUGUGCACAUUGCUGCUAAGUACAACAGCUUAUAGUUCUACCAUGGCGUUCAUCCAUUUUACACGAACCUAGACAUGUAAGGAUGCACAUUAUAAGCCCAACCCAGAUUUCAAAAG